AUGGAUAGAAUCCACAAAUUUACCUCGCGGGGUCACACCAAUAACUCAGUCCCCGAGGUUCCAAGAUCUCUACGAUCAGAGUCUUUCGAAUUAUCUGAUAUCCGAAAGGUCCAAAAAGCCAAGGCUAACAACUCACCGUACAUCACCCCUUAUCUCGGCCUACGGUCUCGACUUUCUCAAAUAUGGAUCAAUCGCUGGACGGUCCUGCUACUCCUUGUCCUAGUUCGAGUGGUCAUCCUUAUCGGCCAGCUCAACUCCAACGUCGACGAUGCGAAGGAUAAAGCCUUAUCGGCUUGUACCAAGGUCGAAGACUUGGGAAGUGCCAUGGCAUCGAUGCCACAUUACCUGUCUCUUGGAGUGAAUGAUAUGGCAGCCACCGGAAUAGAGAAAGCCGUUGAUGCAAUGCUUGUCAUGCUGGACCUCCUUAUGACAGGUGUUGAGGCCAUGAUAUAUUUCUUCAUCAGUUUCCUCGUAGGCACCUAUACCUGUCUCCUUACUGCUCUUGUUCACGGCGCGUUGGAUGUGGUGGCUUCUGUCACGGAAGAUGCUACCAAGGCCUUCAAUACCAUCAUCGACAGUGCUACGGGCGAAAUUCAGACGAUUUCAGGCGGUCUCGAAAAAACUCUCAAUGAUAUUACAAAGGGAAUCGAGGACUCUAUAUUUGGAAGCAUUCUUCCUGAGAUUCCCGUAGUGAACUUCACCGAGCCCAUCAACAAGCUCAAGAGCUUUGAUAUCAAGGCUGACGACUUUGUCAAAGACGUCAGAAAGCUGAAUGACGAUAUUCCGACGUUUGAUGAGGUUCAGAAUAUGACCAAGGAGGCGAUUGCAAUCCCUUUCAACUUUGUCCGAAAGGCCCUCAAUGACAGCUAUGGAAAUUACAAAUUCAACCGAGACGUCUUCCCAUUAGCUCAAAAAGAAAAGCUGACCUUUUGCUCAAACAACGACUCCCUAAAUGGGUUUUUCGAUGGGCUGUUUCGUCUCAUUGCCAAGGGUAAAAUCAUCUUCAUCGUGGUUUUGUCUCUUCUUGCAAUCGCUGCAAUCGCACCAAUGGCAUGGCUAGAGAUCAAAAGAUGGAGAAUGCAGCAACGCCAUGCAAAGCUCAUUGACGAGAAUCGUUACGAUUCGAUGGAUGUGGUCUACAUAUCCUCGCGCUCUCUUACCUCGACAUUGGGUAUCAAGUUUGGCUCGCGGUUUACCGGUAAACGGCAGAUUCUUGCACGGUGGUGCUUUGCCUACGCCACAUCUACACCAGCUCUCUUCGUUCUCUCUUUGGCUAUCGCAGGGUUUUUCUCAUGCCUCUGCCAAGUCAUUAUGCUUCAAGCCGUCAAGAACGAGGUUCCCGCGCUGUCCCAAGAGGUCGGCUUGUUUGCGGAUAACGUCGUAUCAAGCAUCAACUCUGUCUCAGAAGGAUGGGCAACGGACGCCAAUGGGAUCAUCAAGGGGUUGAACAGCGACAUCAAUGAUGAUGUUCUUUCCUAUGUGACCAAUGCUACAAGUGCGGUCAAUAAGACCAUCAAUGUAUUCAUGGACACCAUGGAUGACGGACUUCAAACAGUCUUUAACGGCACGGUUCUUCUUGAUCCAAUCAAAACCGUUAUCCAUUGUGUCAUCGGCCUCAAGAUUGAGAGCCUCCAGAAGGGCCUCACAUGGGUGCAUGACAAUUCCAAGAUUACUCUGCCGCUUUUUGCAAAUGAUACAUUCAGCCUCGGCGCCAAGGAAUCUCUCAAUGGUGACUCGGAUCUGAACAGCUUCCUUGCAUCUCCUUCUUCCGUUACAACCGAUGAGGUAUCUGGGGCAGUACAAAAGGUCACAGAUUGGAUGCAUCGCAACAUUGUUCAGGAAGCACUUAUUUCUCUGGGAAUUCUUCUCGCUUAUGUCAUUGUCGUCUUGAUUGGAGUGACACGAGCCCUCGCAGGCAUGGCCAUGCGUGGCGAGGCCCGACCAGGUGUUGAAUCACACUACAAUGAGGACGAUGAACCGCAAAACACUCAGGGUCGUUCACAUAACCAUCAACAGGAACAGAAGAAUCAGUAUCAGCAUCGCUGGCAAGAUGACGGCAUCACGUCCGACACGUCCGACAGUCCCGUUCAUUACGGUGCCGAUGUCAAAGGAGGUGCCCAUUACAGCUCCAAAGAGAAUGCCUUCUGA